AUCGCGCGGCCGUCCGCGUCGAGGACAGUCAGUGCCGUCAGUGCCGUCGAUGAUACGAUUCAACAGAUUGCUGGCAGCGAUUCAGCAAUCGCAGCAAUGCUGAAGUGGGUGCAUUACUGCCCGUUGCGGGAUCGGGCGAUCGCGGCCUCGGAGACGGGGACGACCAAAACCUCGGACGAUGAGACCGGGAAGAAGGACGAAAAGGAUGAGAGGAAGGGCGACAGAAAGAAGGACGGCGGUAACGCGCGGGGUGCGCGAAACGCGAAAACCGCCACGCCGGACGCUAUCAUGAGGAGAUGCUUCCGGCUUGGGGGUUCGGAUCCGAGGGUAGCGACCUGCAGAGGAAAGCUGCAGAACAAGCGUAGCAAGCUCAAUCAAGAGAUCAAUAAGGAACUGCGGCUGCGAGCGGGCGCAGAGAAUCUCUUCAAAGCGACGACAAAUAGGAAACUGAAGGAAACCGUCGCUUUGGAGCUGAGCUUCGUCAACUCGAAUCUGCAAUUGCUGAAGGAGCAACUCGCCGAGCUGAACAGCUCGGUAGAGCUAUAUCAGAAUGUUGACGGCGACGAGCCCGUUAUGCCGAUGAUACCACUGGGAUUAAAGGAGACCAAAGACAUCGACUUUCGGGAUCCGUUCAAGGACUUCAUCUUGGAGCACUACAGCGAGGAUGGCGAGAACUACGAGGAAGCUAUAGCUGAUCUGAUGGAAACCAGACAGGCCACAAGGACGCCGACCAGAGAUUCUGCGGGAAUCGCGCUGCUCCUGCGUUAUUACAAUCAGUUGUACUUCAUAGAGAGGCGUUUCUUCCCACCCGACAGAAGCCUCGGCAUAUACUUUGAGUGGUUUGACUCGUUGACGGGAGUACCCAGUUGUCAGCGAACGGUCGCCUUCGAAAAAGCCUCGAUUCUCUUCAAUGCCGGUGCACUCUAUACUCAAUUGGCUGCUAAACAAGACCGUAUGACCGCUCGUGGUCUCGACCAGGCAGUGGAUGCUUUUCUAAGGGCGGCUGGUACUUUCCGGUACAUCCAUGAGAACUUCACGAACGCGCCGAGCAUGGAUCUGGGCCCGGACAUGCUGGAGAUGCUCGUACAAUUAAUGCUCGCUCAGGCGAGGGAAUGUCUCUUUGAGAAACUGGAGCUCCAAUCAAGAGACGGACGGAAUAUUGACGUUUGCCUGGAUCUUGCUCAGGAAGCUGCUCAGGUCGCGACGAUAUACAAUGACGUUCACGGACUAAUAUCGCGCGAGCCGGUUCGUGACUACGUUCCAGAGACCUGGAUCUCUUUGAUACUGGUGAAGCGCGAGCACCAUCUUGCCCUGGCUCACAAGCACAUCGCGGUUGGUCUGCUGGACAGACCGAUCACCGACUUUCGUGUGGAAAUUAGGUUGACAUUGGAACACAUCCAGAAGAGCGACGGGAAGACUCAGUUGGAUGCAACUGUUCCCAGAGAUGACAGCGAAAGGAAAUUGUUGGGCAAGGCGCAUCUCAGGGAAGCUCUCGUGUUGCACGAUGAGAGCCAGCGAUUGCAGAGAAUGUGCCGUGAUCUUAAGGGCAAACAAGCACUGGCAAGAGUUCUAAAAAAGGCACAUGAAGCGACACUCGACAGUUACAACAGAUUUGGCAGCGAAGAUGAUUUUCGAGAGCUGCUGGAUCCACCAGAUAUUAUCGCCUCCACGAAGUUUCAACUCAGUAUCACGCAUCCAGAUUUCGGACAGCACGGAGUGGACGAUCUUUUCAGAUCGUUGGGCCCGGUGGCGAUAUUCUCAGCCAAACGACACUGGACCGCGCCGCGACUGGUGCAACUCCAAAGAGGCCCGGACGGGGAAGGUUUCGGGUUCAGCGUGCGCGGCGACGCUCCAGUGAUAAUAGCCGCCGUUGAUCAUAAUUCGUUGGCUGAUGUAGGCGGCAUGAAGGAGGGCGACUUCAUAGUCGGCAUCGGCGAUAAGGACGUCAAGUGGGCUUCUCACGAGCAGGUCGUGCGGAUGAUAAAGCAAUGCGGCGACUUCAUAAAUUUAAAAUUAGUCACACCGAUGGACAGGAAUUAUUUAAAGACGAUGGUGACGGAGGGACAGCAGCAGGGGCACGAUGAAUACAAGAGCACGGUGGACACGGACACGCUGGAAACGGCAAGGCUGGAGCUCCGUGAGGACGACAGCACGAGGCAGCAAGCGUUGGAGCAAUUCCGUCAUUGGAUCGAGAAGCAUCCCAUGAUCAAGCGGUGCAGGACCGACUCGCUGUUCCUGCUGAGGUUCCUCAGGACGAAGAAGUUUAGUCUGCCGAUGGCAGAGGAGAUGCUGGAGCGCUACCUCACUAUCAGACAGCUCUAUCCCGACUGGUUCCAGAAACUCGACAUCGAUGACCCGGAUAUCGAGGCUAUCAUCGACAGCGGCUACCUGGUGCCGUUGCCGAAACGGGAUCAGCACGGCCGAAAAGUGAUACUGUCGUGUGCAGGACGCUUUGAUCCUUGCAAGUUUUCGUCGAUACACAUGGCGCGAGUGCACAGCUUGGUGGUGGAAUCCUUGAUGGACAACGAGGAGAAUCAGAUCCGCGGCUAUACGCACAUCAACGACGAGUCGGGAUUGACCAUGAGCCAUUUCAGCGCGUGGUCCUUCACGGACAUUCGCAAUAUGCUGAGAUGCAUACAGAACAGCACCCCGAUGCGUCACAAGGAGACACAUUUCAUCAAUAUUCCCGCCAGCGUAGCGAAGAUCGUCGAAUUCGCCAUAUCGCUGCUCAACGACAAGCUGAAGUCUCGCGUAAUGAUGCACAAGGAUAUGCAGGAGCUAAGAGACGCGGUAAAUCCAGAUAUACUGCCGAAGGAGUACGGAGGAGAAAUUCCACUCUCUGAAAUGAUCGCUGAAUUUAAAAAGGAACUGCAGCAGAAGAAAGAACAACUCAAAGCCCUCGACGAUAUGCACAUCGAGAUAUCACCAAAAGACUGCCACGCAGUCGACGAGGAAUUUGGCGGGAUAUGCGGCUCGUUCCGGAAGUUGGAAGUGGAUUAAGAGCAAUCUACUUCUACUUUCCACUUCUUCCGUUGCAACUACUUAGGUUUAACAGUUAUUUCCAUGUGAUUGCAUAUUACAUCGACAGGCAGUCGUAUGUUUUGCCAAAAACAGAUAUAUGUUACAUCUCUAACAGAAAAUAGUCAUCAAUCAUGACCGUAGAAGUAUAUUGUUAUUAUGUUAUUAUGACACAUGCGUGAAUAUGUUAUACGAAUAUGUUAAUGCGUUAUAGCUGCACAGAUGUUUUCCUGGUUAAUUGGUUUUAAUCUUAAUAAUUAUUAUAAUUAAGACAUACUUCACUUUAGAUCUUAUUACGAUAUACUUUAGCUUUUCUUAUAAUAACAAGAAUGUGUACUUAAUUAAUUAGUGUUGAGCAAUAUUAUUGGUACGAUCGGAUUUACGUAAGUAUAAGAGAGAAUUGCUCUCGCAUAAUACCUCGAGAAGCGUUGUGAAUAGCACUAUCCAUUAAUAAUAUGUAGAAUACGUUUGCUUGUAUCGUUGCAGAGCACAGUAGUCUGUUAGCUCGUUCCGCCGGUGGUACCAAGUUACCUAUGAUCUAUUAAGUUGCUACUUUGGGAUACAUCGGGAGACGAAUCGUAACCCGACCGAGGUGCCUCAAAUUGCGACACUCGACGCUCUAAUUACGAAACGCUCACUCACGCGAUCGCGUCGUUAAUUAGCGAACCUUACGCGCGUUUGAGUUGAAGGAGCAAGAAGUGGUUAGGCGAGUAGCAUAACGACGUUAGGGAUGAUUUGUUAAGUUACGUAUGUUUAUGUUGGAGUUCUUAGUUACGUUUAACGAGCGACGCAAUCCCGGGACCUCCGUGCAAAAGUCUUUCCGUCGAUUUGCGAAGCGUAAUUGUAAUCUUGUGAUUAUUUUAGUUAUUUGUUGUUAGUUAUUAUUCUAGUUACGUUUGCAUUGUGAUGUUAAUCGAAUAUAUAUAUAUAUAUAUAUACAUAUAUUGUAGCCCGUUUUCUUGCAUACAUUCAGCAUGCGAUUGGUGUAAAAUGGAUUGUGCGAUUUUACUUUGAGUUUUUUUACGUUUGCGUAAUAUUAACAUGUCAGGCGGUCGCAUUUUGUGCCGAAUUUGCGGUGAAAAUACAAGCUUGAAACUAAUGGAUAUCUCGCAUAAGUUUUCAGUUCGAAGGAAGAUCAAUGACGGACGCAUGUGAUAGGAAUUAACAAUUUUAUAGGUAGUUUUCUGAAUUUACAUAGGAAUUUACAGGCGUUACAUGAAUAAAAAAAUAUUUUAUCCAUGGC